AUGUCUGCAACCCAGCUCCUGAACCCCAAGGCGGAAUCCCGGCGCCGAGGGGAGGCCUUGAAGGUCAACAUCAGCGCCGGAGAGGGUCUGCAGGAUGUUCUCAAGUCCAACCUGGGUCCAUCGGGGACUCUGAAGAUGUUGGUGGACGGUGCAGGCGGAAUCAAGUUGACCAAGGAUGGAAAUGUCCUACUGCGGGAAAUGCAAAUUCAAAAUCCCACGGCUGUCAUGAUUGCUCGCGCUGCGACGGCUCAAGAUGAUAUCACUGGUGAUGGAACAACCUCGGUGGUUCUGUUGGUGGGAGAGCUCCUGAAGCAGGCAGAUCGCCACAUUUCGGAAGGCUUGCACCCCCGAGUGAUCACCGAUGGUUACGAGAUUGCGAAGAAUGAGGCUUUGAAGUUCCUUGAUCAAUUCAAGCUCGAGCGGACCAUUGACCGAGAGCUACUCCUCUCCGUUGCCCGCACAUCUCUCUCCACUAAGCUUAACAACGCCCUCGCCGAGAAGCUCACCCCUGAUAUUGUCGAUGCUGUGCUUGCCAUCCACCGAGCCCCUGAGAAGCCCGACUUGCACAUGAUUGAGAUCAUGACGAUGCAGCACCGCACAUCCUCUGAUACCCAGCUCAUCCGUGGUUUGGCUCUGGAUCACGGCGCUCGUCACCCUGACAUGCCCAAGCGUGUAGAAAAUGCGUUCAUUUUGACUCUGAACGUCAGUCUGGAGUAUGAGAAGUCUGAAAUUAACUCUGGUUUCUACUACUCCAGCGCUGAGCAGAGAGACAAGCUGGUGGAGAGCGAGCGCAAGUUCGUUGAUGCUAAGUUGCAGAAGAUUGUAGAGCUGAAGAAGCAGGUUUGCGGUAAUGAUCCGAAGAAGGGAUUUGUUGUCAUCAACCAGAAGGGUAUUGACCCCCUUAGUUUGGAUGUUCUCGUCAAGAAUGGCAUCAUGGCUCUGCGGAGAGCUAAGAGGAGAAACAUGGAGCGUCUGCAGCUGGUGUGUGGCGGUAUUGCCCAGAACAGUGUUGAAGAUAUGACCCCCGAUGUCCUCGGCUGGGCCGGUCUAGUCUAUGAACACCAACUUGGUGAGGAGAAAUACACCUUUGUGGAGGAGGUUAAGGACCCCAAGUCUGUGACUAUCCUCAUUAAGGGCCCCAACCAGCACACCAUUGCUCAAGUCAAGGAUGCUGUCCGUGAUGGUCUUCGCUCGGUCUACAACACUAUUGUCGACGGCUGUGUGAUACCUGGUGCUGGCGCAUUCCAAGUUGCUUGUGCCGCACACCUCAAGUCCGAUGCCUUCACGAAAACUGUCAAGGGCAAGGCUAAGUGGGGUGUAGAGGCUUUUGCCGAUGCGCUCUUAGUCAUCCCCAAGACCCUCGCUGCUAACUCUGGUCAUGAUGUCCAGGACUCCCUGGCUUCGAUGUGGGACGAGGGCAAGCAUGGCAAUGUUGUUGGUCUGGACCUGAACACCGGUGAUCCGAUGGAUCCCAUCCAGCUGGGUGUUUAUGACUCUUAUCGAGUGCUGCGGAACUGCGUUGCCUCCAGCACUGGCAUUGCUUCCAACCUCCUGCUCUGUGACGAGUUGCUGAAGGCUCGGCAGAUGAGCAAGUCGACUGGCCCUGGUGGUAUGGAGGAGUAA